AUGUCUGCUCCACUGUCUAUCUUCUUUAUGGACUGGGCUCUCGCCUCCCAUGUAGAAGUGAAAAAGCAAGAUUUAUAUAACAGAUUGGAGGCCGUGGAAACAGUUCCUGGGUUUGAAGGGCUUGGUCUUGACAAUAAUCAGCUGUUGGGUUUUCCAUCAAGCUUUAUUCAAGUCAUGGUAACCCUAACCAGUGCUCGGCAAACUUUGCUGCUGUUCCGUGUUAUACAAGAAAUAAUGUUGCAGGAGCGUUUUGCAUUCAAGCAGGUACAUCUUUUAAUUUCGAAGCUCUCCCUAGUUUUUCUAGCCAUCACAAUCACAUAUGUCACCUCAGCUCGAGUCCUCGACGAGGAAGAACCGCUUGGCCCUGUUGUUGCACCUGUGGCAUCUGAUUCAGUGGACCAACCCGUUUCCGGUGGAACCCCAGCAGGUACUGCCCCAGUUGCUGCACUGGGUGCUGCAGUCCCUGAUGAUCAUACCUUUUCCUUCUUCUUGCAUGACAUACUUGGUGGUACAAACCCCUCAGCUAGAGCUGUGACUGGAAUGGUAGUGAACCCAGCUCUUAAUGGUCAAGUCCCGUUCGCCAAGCCCAACGGUGCUGUCCUCCCAGUUAACAAUGGCGUCCCAGUCAACAACGCCAACAGUGGAGUUAUCAACAACAACAACUUACCCUUCCUCACUGGACUUGGUGGAACUACACCUAAUGUGAUGCAAAACAAUGGAAACAACAUCAUCGGUGGAGGGUUCGGGUUUCCAGCCCUGAAUAGUGCCCAGCUCCCCGGAGGGAAUGCCCUCCAGAAGCUCAUGUUUGGGACAAUAACCGUGUUUGACGAUGAAUUAACUGAAGGGCAUGAUCUCGGUUCUGGUUUGGUUGGUAAAGCACAAGGGUUUUAUAUAGCGAGUUCAGAAGAUGGAACAAGCCAAACCGUGGCGUUCAACGUCAUGUUUACGAGUGGCAGUUACGUUGAUAGUCUCAGCUUCUUCGGUGUCCACCGGACCGCUGUCUCGGAAUCACACCUUGCCAUCAUGGGUGGCACUGGGAAGUAUGUCAAUGCUAAAGGCCAUGUCAUAGUUAAGACCAUUCCGGCAGUGUCCAGCCAGCAUAAUACCGAUGGAGUGGAGACUGUAUUGGAGAUAAUUGUGUAUCUCACUUACUAG